AUGGCCCGCAGAUUCUCAAUCUUCGUAACAAAACUUCAAACAAAAUCCCGCUCAAGCCAACAAAGUAUAGCAUCCGAGGCUCGCCUCGAUACUCUCUCACGUGAAGCCCACGAGGGAAUCGCACAAUUCUUAUCCUCGCGCGAUUGCUUUGCCGUCUCUUGUACAUCAGCAACCCUACGCUACUUCUACGGACCACUAACUUACCGCGCAUGUAUAGUAGUCCUCCCAGAUAAAUUGUGGGCACUCAAACAGUACCUAGAUGACUUUUGCGAGCCCCGUGCUGUCGGUCACGGAUACAUGGCUUUGGUACCGCUAAAUGUCCUACGAAAACCAGCCCGAUAUAGUUGGUUCCAUAGCACAGCAGUAUCAGAAAUAUACUUUUGGUUUGAAAGGGAAUGGAGUAUGCGCUCAAUGAAGUUUGUCUACUCAGAACUAGUCGAAUCCUUUUUCCCAGAAAGCACCUUCUACCCACUCCUUAAAAAAAUCUCCUUCUCAGGCGGUAUCUCGUCAUUACCAAAGAUUUUCCACUCAAAGUUUUAUCUCUCAUUAAAAUGCAUGUGCCAUAAAAACGUCCUCGAAGCACUGUUUCGCAUCCACGAACCUAGAGACCUUCUCUUUUAUGGACAUCAUAUCAAACACAUUGACAUCCGAAGUGACCAGGACUUUUCUUAUCUUGCAGAACAAGCAAUAGCCCCACUUCCAUACCUCGAGUCGUUAAAAGUUAGUAAAUAUGACUGCGUAGCAUCAUUGCUUGUCUUACUGAGCUUUGCAAGUAAAUCCCAUCGGCUGAAAAAAGUCGAAUUAAGUAUACGCAACGAAAAUGACGAAUGGUUGCUAAUAUUUACCACGGGGCUCAACCAAUUACCCCCAGAUAUUAAAUACUGUUGCAUCACUCUAACAAGCAGCAUUGGCACCUUGCCAACACCAUUCAACCCAUCUUUGAUCAUCCCACAAGUCACAGCACUGGUGCUGCCUGAUUCCCAGGGGGUCUUCACCACUGGGCUAAGUUUCCCUAGAUUAUCAUUUCUUUCCACAGAAGUUGGAUUUACAGAGCAACCUUUAGGAUUUACAUCAAUUGCAGGAUCGCUGGCGGUCCUGCGGUUGCCCAAAAUUGAAUACAGCACUGCAAGCUACCAAUUGCUUCAGUUGCUGCCCAAACUGCGGCUACGUGUCUUUGAAAUUGAAGAGUACAAUAAAAGUAUCCUAAUGGUCAAUGAAAAGGCCCAAGAAAUGUUUUCAAAAGUAGUCUCAAGACACGCAUCAUCAUCUCGACCAUACUCCCCUCAAGGCCUUGCCGAUCUCUGCGAUAUCUUUAAGCCACGAGCAAACCUCGAAUGGGUGCAACAAGCUUUUGGUAUCACCAGUGAAUACUUUGUGACCCGCUUCACAGACCCCCUUAAACUGUAUGCGGAGCUACUCGAGGCUACAGGUGGUGGCACCCUCAAUUGCAAGGAACAUAUGGAGCCGCUUUACAACUUUGUUUUUUCAUCGUGUUUUUUCGAAGCCCUGUUCCAAGUACUCCCAAAUGUCCACACCUUACAAUACUUUAGCUUUACUUUCCCAAACACUUACUUUUACGCAAGUCUAUCACUGUACAAAUACCUGGUCAAUCCGCCUCAUGCUGUGAGGCAAGUACUAUUGUAUUUCCAGGACAUUAAUGCCCAGGUUCAUGGGACAGAGUCAAUAUCAGCACGCAACGCGCGAGCCUUUAAAGACCGUGAGGGUGUGUAUUCGUCUCCAUUUUUCGGUGUGCUUCCCAACAAUGAAAAUGUAGGCAAAAAUGGUGCGCGCAACUACUGGUGUUACCAAAAACGAGGUGUCCCACGGGAUAUUGGAGACAAGGAAUCUCUCGACUUGCAGUAUAAGUGGAGUCACACGUUUUUGUAUGACUAUGUGCGUGCGCGAGACCAGCCAGUUCCUGGGGCUGUUGACUUGAAUGCAAUUGUGUUGGGGAACAGAGACAAAAGGGGUUGGACGGAUGGGUCUUUUGAUGGAUGGAUUUGA